UUCUGGAUGAGAGAUGUUACGGAUUCAACAUGAUCUGGGUCAUCCAUGUAAAGGUCAACCAGUCCAUUGGAACACCAUCUACCGGACUUUUGCACGCACGGUGCAUCCACAGGACUGACAUAGUACUAAGGGACCGUUUGGACACAUUUCACAAUCUUGGGAUAGUGUCGGUGCCCGAGGAAGUGCAGGCUGAACAACUUAGCUCUCUUGUGCUACGCGUUCUCUAUCGUCUGCGAUCACUAUCAGAACAAACUCCGUUUGACACUGCAACCUUUUCCUAUGCACUCCCACUCCUUGCACAGGUGUUACUGAAGGGUGGUGUAGACGCCGGCCAAGAUGAUGGCGAUAAAACAUUCGAGCAAAUAACUCUCGUGCUCAACAUCAUUAAGCUUCACUGCAGCGAAUUUUCGGAUGCAGCAUUUCCCCGAACAGCAACCGUGGAGCAUGUCCUCUAUGCCAUAAGGCAUCAGCCACGACUUAGCAAGGAAGCAUUAUCUGUUCUCAUUGACCUCAGAGAGGCUGUGCAGUCGAAUGCGACCCGCGAUGAGGUCGGUGUGCUCAUUGAUGGUACACUAUUGCAAGAGGUCUACUUCAGGAAUGCAUGUCUACAAGCCAUCCAGGUCAGCAUCGUUUUCUUGCAGUUUGCAUUACUUGUGUUCAUCGUUUUUGUAGCCAUUCGAUUUGACCGAUCUCGAUUGAAUGCCCGUCUCGCUAAUUAUGCGUGGGAGGAUAAUGGCUUGGAUGUGCCAGAAGACUUCCUUGACAAGCUCAUGAGCUAUCUCGAGCACAACAAUGCGUACGUUCGAACCAGCACGGCAUUGGCCAUUGCGGAGGCUACUUCUAACGGGAAACGGUAUGAUUCUUUAUCUUUCUUUACGCGCUCGGCUCUAAUCAGUUUGAAGGCUAAAAUUCUUGCACCCGAGUUCGACCAAUACGGCAUGGUUAUUGCUUCUAGCCUCGAUCGCUCCGAUCCAUGGGCUACCCAAGCGGCAGCGGCCCUUGCAUUUGAGCACUUGGCUCCGUCAUUCACGGAGGACCAGGUUGAACCGUUCUUCGUAUUCUUGAUCAAGGAUGAAGCAUUAGGUGGCAGGUCAUUGGACGUGCGCCGCAGCAUGCUUCGAGCUGGAGCUGAUGUGAUCGAUAUCCAUGGCUCCAAGCGGCUUGCAGGGCUACUCUCGACUUUUGAAGAACAUCUAGGUGGCUCGAGUGCUGCGAAUGAAACUGGGGAUCAAAUCAAGGAAGCCGUUCUCAUUCUGUUUGGACGAGUUGCGGGGCAUCUAGAUGCCUCGGAUACAUGCAUUCCCAGCAUUGUCGACCAACUGGUCGAAGCACUCAAGACUCCGAGGAUAAGAAGUGUUUUGAGACGUGUCAAGGCGUAA